AUGACGACCGACCAAGAUGCAGCCCGUGCCCGCAUCCAGGAGGCAUACCACGACAUUGGCAAUCCUGUCUUCUCUGCCGCAGAGUUCACCCUCAUCAAGGUCUUUAUCGACUAUAAGGGAUUUGAUGCAAUUCCAGAUGAAGGCGAUAUUCUCAUCUCGGAGCUAGCCAAAAAAAUUGGAGGUUCCGAGGAAGUAGUGGAGCGUUUUACAACGUUCUUCCUUUCGGGCGAGAUCCUUACAUCCCCUGCUCCUGGCCGUGUUGCCCAUACCGAAAAAUCUCGUCGUUACAAGUUCGAUCAGCCGACCGCCUGGCUGUACAUUCACAUGUUCAACAAUGUGUUUCGCUCUUUCGCUCAGAUGCCAGAGUACUUCGCCAAGUACGGUCUGUCUUCUCCCAAGAGCGCCAGUACCACCCCUCUAGGCCUGGCGCAUGGCUACGACGACAAGCCUGCAUAUGAGAUUAUCGUUGCCAAUAAGGUCGUGCACAAGGGCUUCAACGAAGCUCUGCGCGAGCUCGGAGUCAUGUACUCCCUGAAGGGUAUCUACGAUUUCUCCUGGAUGAAGCCUGCCCUCGCGGCUGGAUCGCGACCUGCUAUCGUGGAUGUUGGCGGUAGCCACGGUCUCGCCUUACGCGACGCCAUCUCCAACAACCAAUUCCUUCCCGCGGAGCGAUGCAUUCUGUUCGAUCUUCCCCAGGUGAUCGAGAAUACCAAGGCGAACGUAACAAAGGACCAGGACGAGUGUCUGGGAAAGAUCCAGAUGGUCGGUGGUAGCAUGUUCGAGCCUUAUCCGGAGCCCGUUCAGGGCGCUUUGAUCUACCAAUUUCGUCGCGUUCUCAACGACUUCCCCGAUGAUGAUGUGGUGCGAACUUUCCAAAACGUUAGGAAGGCAGUUGCACCAGAUACUCGGAUCUUGGUUAUUGAGGAGAUGUUGAAUCCCCAGCGAAUUCCUAUGAAUGUUGGGCUGGACAUAUGUCUGAUGUGCGCGGCGGGCAAACGUCGUAAUGCUGCUAUGUUUAGUGAACUGGCUGGUAAAGCUGGCUUCCGCUUAAACGCGGAGUACCAGCAGGUCUCCUCCCAGUUCGAUGACUUUGGAGUUCUCGAGUUUGUCCUGGCCUAA